AUGGCAAGCCAGCCGCGCCCACCGUGGUUCCGGUUUUCUUUGGGAAACCGGGCCCCCGCGCCUGCGCCUGCUCCUGCACCUGCGCCUGCCGCGCCAGCGCCAGUGCAAGUGCGUCCUCCAUUUCCAAUUAGGCCAACCCUAACUCCGCAACCGGCGCCUCCACCACCCCAACAACCGGCGCCACCACCACCACCACCGCGGUCUCCUUCUCCGGCCCCUACUCCGCAACCAUCUUCGCCUAGGGCUCAAGUUGCACCACCACAACCAGCAACAACAACAACAACUCCCAACACACCACCAAAACCCUCCACUCCGCCUCCGCCGAGCCCCACCGUUGCACCACCUCCACCCCGGCCACCGGUACCAACUCCCGCCCCGGCACAACCUAGGCCCACCAUUGUAGCACCGGUAAGGCCGUCCGUUGCACCUCCGGCGCCCUCACCAACUCGGCCUCAGGUAAUAAGGCCCUCCAUUGCAGCACCAAUAAGGCCCUCCAUCGCGCCUCCGGCUCCUUCACCGACUCGGCCACCCGCACCGCCGCCGGCAACUCCACCGCCCCGGUCACCGGCGAUCACCGCAGCUAAUCCACCACCCGCCGCUUCUUCCCGUUCACCAAAAUCCCCCAUUCCAACACCAGCCAAAACUCCACAACCCUCCCCUCCCAAAAACCAAACUCCCACAAAAGCUCCACCGCCGUCGUCUCCGCCGCCUCCCCAUACUCCAACCCCAUCUCCCAAAACAAUCAAACCUCUCGAAAAAGCAGAAUCGCCCAAACCCAAGCCCUUACCCCGCCCUCCCUCGCCUCUCACACUGCCGCCGCCGGCGCAGACAAAACCAGACGGCGGCGAGCAGGAGCAGAAGACCGUCGUCGAGGACAAAACCGUCACUCGAACUGUAAGAAUGGCCAGACCUCACAACAACGGCAUCUUUCCCGACGGAAAAAGAGAACCAAACACCCCAAAAGACAAUGGCGCGAGCAAGAAACUCUCCGAUUCCGACCACCACCUCGGCGUCAGCGUGAUCACGCUCGCCGGAGAUAACAAAGGAGCUGUAAUGGAACUCCAUCCGUCGCAGAAGAAAAGCAACUCCGUCAAAAUAAACAGCAAGCUGUCGAGCAGUGACGGCGGCGAGGAAGGAAAAUCCAGAAACAAGGAUAAAGGUAACGGCGCCCUGACGGCGCCGUCUCCGAUGUCGGGAUACUUCAACAGCAACGUGCAGGGUUUGAACAACUCCAUUCUGUACAACACUAACGUCCGACAUAACGACCCUGGGAUCCAUCUCUUGAUUAACAGAAAGGCUAACGGCGGCGGCGGCGGCGGCGGCGGCUGA